GAAGUUAUGGGUGAUCGGCCUGCAGGUCAACAACAACAGGUCCCAAUAUCCGUCAGGAUACCGUUAUCCAGUAUUCGACCGCAAUCGAGGCCAUUGGGAAAUAUCGUUUCAGCUAGUGUCAAUUUAACUGGGAAUGUAAUCGGUUUGAAAUACAAGCAUUUGAGUUUUCUGAAUAACUUAACCAUAAACCUAGUGUUUGAAGUGUAGAUGAUUCUCUGUGAUUGGUUUUCAUUGAAAGCUAGCUUAACCUCAUGGAGCAAGGUGGUGUAGUGUUUUGAGUGCUUCAUCGCUAAUAUGCUGAUAAUUAUUAUAGUUUUGUCACGAAUACAGGAAGCUUAGGAGGAAUUUGGUACCGACAGGUCGCAAGUUGAAUAAACUACGUGACAGUCCACUGCAAAUCAGCUAGGAUAACUACGGGUAACCUGGAAGACUAGUGUUGUGUCAUAGGAAUACGUGCAAAAUGUUGGAUUGAAGCUCGGGCUUUCAGGCAAUAGUGAUCAAGUAGUUGAUAAAAUUGUAUCUUUAAGUAGACUUACAUAUGUGCGCCAUGUGCUAUGCUCGCUUUGUUUUCAACCACAGUGUGGCACGGCAGUGGUAGAUUAGAAAAAUCUAAAUGAGAUCUCCCUAUAAAUUCAUUAACUUUAACCUAUACCGUGUUUCGAGGUGGAGAUUUCUGAAUAGGGCUUAUUUUUCAGGAUUUUGUGUUAGGGUUUUGUUUGGCAGCUGGAAAAUCGGCUACUACCUUAGGAUCUAUAACAUGGUAUUACGUUUAUUCGUUAUCUGUAGAGUAAUAUCUUUCGUAUUCCUGUUAUGUUACUGUGCUACCCACAUUACCUAACAGAACCUAAGUAUUUGUUUGCGAUUACGAGGUGCCUUUCAUUUUUAUGUGUAUCGUGCCCUAGCGUUACAAAGUUUACCAGCUGACUAAUUUAGCUGUUUGUGACUUCAAACCGACCAAAUCAGUGUGUUUUUAAAGCUAAAUCUGCAACGCAGUUGCUUCUCGGAAUUCACAUUUUUCACACUUCUGACAUUCUCAUAUGGUAAAAGGUUAUACACUGUAAUUAGUUUAGCUAUGUCUUAUUUUCUUACUUGAGGUAUACUGUUUUACGGUAUUCAUGAAACGUGAAAUUUCUAUGGAAAACUCCAAUGCUUCUUUUUAAAAGGUUUCCCGCCCUUCUAUGGUAAAUCAAGUGUACCUACUUCCAAAGUCUGGAGUUUCUAACAAUGUUCUUCCAAAUGCCCCGAGUGUGCUGCAGGUCCGAAGUCUCGCACUCGGACAAACUGUAAUCCAACCAAAUGGUUUGCGUGCAAACCCACCUGUUAUACCAAGAGUUGUCACAUCCCAGUCGGGUUCUUCAACUAAAUUGGUUGGAUUCUUUAACCAACUAUUAGAAUUAUCAAAGAAUGUAUCAGCAAGUACUCACCGCUCAGUGGCGACGCUUAUACAGGCAUUGGUGAAUGGAGAGCUUGAUGCCAGUUCGUUCAGCACACAAUUACGUAGCAAUCUUAAAAGUGCCAAUCCUGGUAUGGAUCUUGCUCCGUUCAUAAAAGACAACAUAGAUUUACUGAGGAGGGAUCUAGCCAAUGGCGUUUGUCGAUUGCCAAACAUACAACCUCCGCCAAGAGAUAUGUUCUCGAAAACUAUGCCAACGGCUGUUCCAGUCACAAUUGUAACAUCGCUACCUACUGUGGGUCUUCAAGCUCGUCCUAAUGCCGCGAUCUCUACAAUUAUUUCCUCAUCGACGACAGGCGGCCCUCGCGUCACUCUUCCGACCAAUACAACUCCUCGUAUAGUAGGCACACUUAUGACGUCAAUCUCAUCAUCAGUUAUUCAACCCAGCCCAACUACUGUUCCGAUGCCUCGAUCACAACCUCCAUUAUUGGCUCCUGCUCCUCCCAGGACUACUGUAACAUCGGCACUGAACGUUGAUGCAGCUAUGACAUCGAGUCUUGCCGUGAAAUAUCGCCUAACCCAACCUAUCAGCAGUGUCACAUCCUCAACCACCGUCCUACCUAAUACAACAGCUGCGACAGUGGUUUCGACACGUUUUACGCCAGCCAUUAACGGGACUCGACCAAACUAUCAGAAUUUGCGACCAAUUAUAGCCUCCUCCGCGUCUUCAGCCUUAGGCAUUAACCUUACUUCAAUAAAGUCAGCUUCUGGAAUCUCAGCUACUGUAUCUCCUAUGAUUCGUGCUAAAUCCGGAUAUUCUAAUUCUCAUUCGUCUGGAAUCCUCCUGCCUGCUGUUCACAACAAAGUAGGUUCUAAUCUCUUAUCUCUGGGCGGAUCCACUGUAUUUAUUGAAAGUGGAGACCGAAAAUCAAGUGACACCUCGUCGUUAAACGAUGACAUUCGUCAUGCGCCUGCUUCGCCUACACGUGACAACCCAUUCUUCCCUCCUGAAAGAGUCAGAGAAGUAUUAGAAGCUCAUGGUAUCAAAACACUAACAGAAGAAGGUGUCGUAUGUCUUGCCCAUGGUUUACAAAUAUUUAUUAAAAGUCUUUUAUCGAGAUUGCGGAUUGUUGUUUCACAUCGUCUCGAUCGUUUAGGAGAGGACUCCCGUUUAUUGCAAACAGACCAUACACGUGAACAGUUGAGAUUUCUUCAAAAGUUGGAUGAGCAUGAUCGAAUACGGCAAUCGGAACUGGAAAAGGAUCUGAUUCUAAAAGCUGCUAAGUCGCGUUCUCGAAAUGAAGAUCCCCACCAAAUGCAAAUGAGGGAAAUGGCCCGAAGGAUAGCAUCUGAAGAUUAUGAACGCGAAAAGCAACAUCAAGCUAAUCUCACAGCCCUUCACGCUAUCGGCCCACAACGCAAGCGUCGUCUAGAUACUUUGGAUGAAAUGGGUAGUACUGUCUCAGCUGAUAAUCUAGGAGCUCCUCUUUCAACAAGAGAUGGUGUCGCUAGCUUGAUGAGUACCCUACCAACAGCUAGUCGCCUUUCCAUUGUCAGUGCCAGUCGAUUAGGAAUUGUGACCUCAGGAUCCAAUUUAACGCAGUUCAGUUUAGAAGCUACGCCGUCGAAUUCGAACUCUUUAGCCCCAACAGUCGGUGGGACCAGUGAUACGUCAAAUACGGCGGGGUUUUCACUAGCACUCAGUCUCAGAGCCCAUCGUGCUACCUUGAGAGAUAUACAAGUUAUACUUUCCCGAACGCCAAGACUUCGUCGUACACGUACAUACUACAAAACGUACUGGCGUUCUCAGCCUUAAUUUUUUUCAUUUUCCUAAUUUUAUUUCUACUAAAGCGCUUCAAUGUGAUCUAACCACAGUUGGCUCAUUCUUAUUUAGUGUCACUUCUAAAAAAUCCUUAGCUGCCAAUGUUCAACCUCUCAUGUAUUAUAAAAUAUUUGUACAGUAUUCUUUGUAAAAAAAAGUGAAAUGUUGAUUUCAACCUUAGAUUACUUUUUACUUUGGAAGUAAGAUUUUACGUAUUUUGUCCACUAACUCACUGAUUCUCAUUUUUUAAAAAGCAUCCUGGUAUGCGCAGGGACUACUGUACAUAAUUUUUGAUUAUUAUUCCCAGAAAAUAAUCCUCUUUAUAUUUU